UCAUUACAUAUUCUAUUAAAUUCUCAUUAAAAUGUCAUCUGUUUUUCAAUAUACAUCUCUUUAAACGUAGAAAACUUUUUUUCGGCAAAAUAUAAAAUUAUAAUUAUAUUGCAUAUUCAAAAUAAAAUUUCAUGAGGUUGAAUGAAACAUCAGGUUUAUUAAAAUUUCAUUAAAAUUUUUUUAUUAGAGUUCGCGCUUAUCCGAGAAAAUUCACAUUUGUCGUUCAAUCAGUUUUACAUCUUGGUUUCGUUUUUUCACUCGCUUUCUCUUCCUCUCUUGCUCCUAAGUACUCGUGACGAUCUAUUGUGCGCAUUCGAUCCGACAAAGUCCUAGCUCCUGUCUUCUCCUAUCUCCCCUCCACUUUUGUUGUCGAUUCUGGUAAUCUGGCAUUACCGUCGUGAACCCUCGAUCCGCAUCGCAACGUCCGCAGUAACACAUAUUUAAACACACGGUUACUCAAUUGACUGCACGAGGACAAAAUGUCGUUGAUCAGGACACUGUGGAGAUGCACGUUCAGUCCACGACUGUACAACAUUUACGAGGUAACAUCGAUAGGUCUGGUUGACGUAAGUACGACAUACUUAUUCAGCGUUUUCCGCAGGAAUUUGCAUAAAGUUGAGGUUACAAUAUGUAUACACACAUACACACAUAUAUAUAUAUAUAUAUACAUAUAUAUACACACGUUACAGAAAUCGUACGAGUCGAAGAGCCUGGAGCGAUGGGGCGACAACAUCGUCAUCUCCUUUGCAGCAAUAUGGUCCAUAAGCCUCUACGCCGCUCCAGUUAUUGCCAUGUUUGCCAUGUAUCAGCGUGGAUACUCCCUGACAGAUAAUGUCUCUUGUCUAAGUAAAUUGGCAGCUAGCGCUGGCGCGCUUCUCGUCGCCUCGUUGGCCGCACGCGGUUACUCCAGGGUCAAUAAUCCAGUAUACGUGAAGUUUGUGGAGACCUUAAAUGAGGUGCACCUGCAUUACAAUGCCAACACGAAGCAGGAGCUUCACAAGUAUGACUUUGAAUUUUCGGCAUGGCCUGUGGAUUUUGAUGCAUCAAAACUAAGUAAUGCUGCAGAUAAGUUGACACUAGAAAAAAUUGCGAAGGCUAGUGGGCGUCUCAGACGACAAAGCGGCAAAGAAUUUUUACUUGCCAUACCAUGUAAAUUACUUUCGUAUGUAGUAGCACACACAUUUGCGGGUAAACUGAUUUAUCCUGGCAGUAUAUCUCUCAUUGGCUUGGCACUCGGCACGGCGUUGAUGAAGGGAAGGAUAGAUUUGAUAAAACAAGGUGGAGAAAGAUUCAAAUUAAUGACCGUUGAUAAAAAUCAAAUUGAUGCAAUGUUCGUUGAUCGGCGCAACAAAAGUGCUAAUGGCAAUAUAUUGGUCAUAACCUGCGAAGGAAAUUGUGGUUUCUACGAAACAGGCAUUAUAUCAACUCCUCUGACCAAGGGCUAUUCAGUGUUGGGCUGGAAUCAUCCAGGUUUCGGCAGCAGUACUGGUGCACCAUAUCCAGACCAGGAGGAAAACGCUGUCGAUUGUAUAAUGCGCUUUGCGAUCGACCGUCUACAGUUUCCCGAGGAACGGAUUAUCUUGUAUGGUUGGAGCAUCGGAGGUUAUACUGCCACUUGGGCCGCUAUGAAUUACCCUUCUAUUCAAAGUUUGGUUUUAGAUGCUACAUUCGAUGACGUACUCCCAUUAGCUAUUAAAACAAUGUCACCGUCCCUAGAAGGUUUAGUUCGCAACAUAAUAAGAGAUUACUUCAAUUUAAACAUAGCAGAGCAAUUAAAUAAAUAUAAUGGAACUGUACUGUUAGUGAGAAGAACAGACGACGAGAUUCUUUGUGUACCUAAUAACAGCUUAGCUGGAAAUCGCGGCAAUAUGUUGCUGACGAAAUUAUUUCUCAGACGUUAUCCACAUCUAUUUUCCGAAACUUCUGAGUCUGGCACAGUUCUAUCCAGGUUCUUAUCUGCUGAAGCAUCUGAUAGAACUAUAUUGAGAUCGUAUAGAGUAGAGGAGAGACAAUGCCUAGAAUUGAUAGCGGCUAAUAUACGAAAUAAUGAUGGGGAGAUAAGUUAUCCGUCCACUCUGGGACAGGAUUGUAAUACUAGGACAAAAUCACAGUUGGUUCUCUUCCUUGCAACAAUGUAUAUGAAAGAUCAAUCAUCGUCACACUGCAUCCCAUUGUCAGUUGAUCUCUUUAAUCCAGGUUGGGAUCCAGCAUCGUCAUUGCUGUAAAGUAGCUUUUACAGUACUAUAUUUUGAACACAACGGAACAAGCUUCCUAAGAGAUUCUUAUUUAUAUAGUAUAUUAUGAACAAGUAAAAGCGGUAAUAACAGUGCAUUUUUGUGUUAAGUUUUACUAGCACACGUAUACGCAAGCGUUAUUUAUUCCAUGUUAAUCUAUAAUCAAUCUUACAAUUUUUGUCAAAAAUGUUACACACUAGAUAUUAUUUGAAAAUCUGCAAGUAUUGUAUUUUUUUUAUGGAUUAUACGAGUAUAAUCCACAUACGAGUAUAAUCGUAUAUUUAUAUAAAAUUCAUUUGUAUUACAAUAUACACAUUAAAAUUUUAAAAUUGAUUCUUAAAAUAUUAAUAUUUUAAGAAAUAGCUUUUACAAUAGUAUGUGUAUUAUACUUCAUUAAUAAUUUAAAUAAGACAAAAGUAGCUUACAUUAAAACUCUAAAAUAAUAUAUAUAUUUUACACACGCUCAUACACACUCAUACGCAAAAACACAUACACAUUGUAAGAUAAAUGUAUUUUUCAUUUCGAUAUUAUAAUUUAAUUGUUACGUAUAAUUAUUUUUUAAUAAAAAGAAGUAAAACUUCUUAUA